AUGAUGACCACCACAACCAUAGCCUCCAUGGACAUGGAGCUUCUGCUGAGAGAUGAAGUUUUUGUCGACUUUUUCAACACAUUUCUGAAUCUUCCUGUUUUUGGCCAGACACCCAUUUACAACCACAACACGGGCCAGUGGGACCUCUGGCCAGAGCUGCCAAGCUGCAUGGAUCUCAGCCUCCCAGCUUUACUGGCUUGGCUGACAAAGCACCGCCUGCCUCACUUCUGCAAAUCCAGCUUAUGCCUCCACCUCAUCCUCUGCCAGAAGCUCCUAGGUUUCAUUCGGUCACAAGAAGCAGCAAAGUUGCUGAACUGGCAAAGCGCUGACCAGUGGCUGCUGGAGAAGUUCAUCAGCGGCAGCCAGGGCAUGCAGCUCUUUCGGGUCUUCAUCCGAGGAAUGGCAGGGGAAGAACUGAUUGACUUCUGGCUCAUCACUGAAAGGCUCCUGGGGCUUGACGAAUCAGAUGCGGAGCAGAGGGACCUCUACCUGUCCUUAUUCCACAGACUGAAAGCCACUCACCUACGUGAAGGCUCCACAGUCAUCACUCUCUGCAGGAUCACUGAUUGGCCACUGCUGAAAGCCAGGCAUGUUCAAUCCAUCAGCACCAGGAGGGAGAUCCUAAGAAAGAUGCAGGAACAGGCCCUCUUUAUGAUUCAGAGUUACUGGCUCCCUAAAUUCUUUAUCCACUACAAGAAGAGCAUGAAGAAAGAGAAAUCGUGCCAGCCCCUACUGCAGGAAUAUCAGAAACGUUUAUUAGGGGACAACUUUCAGGAGCCCUCAGGCUUUUCGGAGAAUUGCUUAACGAUGCGUGUUAGAAAAAGCCAGGGUUUGUCACGGUCCUACUGCAGUAAGAAGGCCAAAGAGGAGAUCUGGUCUCUGGUCCAGGAGGGAAGAGACACUCAAGAAAUGAUGAUGGCCCAUUUUCAAGUGCAACCAGAAAGGCAGCCAAGGCCAGCUGGGAGCUCAAAGGAAUCGCGUCUGGGUGAGGAAUCUUGGAGACUGAUUCCACAGCAGUCAGUGUAUCCUGCAAGCACUGUCUUUGGAGGCAAAGGAGAAGCAACCUCUCCCAGAAGUACUAGACCCUUUGUCCAGCUGCCAUAUCUGAAAAAGCCAGUCAAGGCCUCCAGUUUACUCCCCUGGGCCCUUAGUGCUGAGAGCUGUGCAGGACGUCCCUUCCGGAACUUCCUGAAGCACCAAGACCGGUCUGUGGAGAUUCAUCUCCUGGAUCUGUGGCAUGACCUGGAAGAGUUUCAGCCUGUGGUGCUGGACACCAGAAAAAAAAACAGUUUCUUUCUGCGUCAUUUGAUGGGCGAGGAGAUAUGCAAGAGCUACCUGGAGGAGGGCACCAUUCAGCAGCUUCCCCUGGAGACCAGAACUCUCAGGAGCUUGCGGGAUGACCUGAUGUCUGGCGAAUUCUCCCCCUGGAUAUUCAGAGCCCAAAAUGAGAUUUGCAAGGUGCUCUUCUGCGUCUAUGAAGAAUUUCUAGCCGACGAUGACAAGACGUUCCUCCAGUAUAUGUCUCCCCAGAGCGAUGUCCUGAUGCCAGAGAUGAAAGGCCAUGUGGUUGGGAAAGAUGAAUUCUUCCUCGUCUCCCAGCGGAUAAACCAGUCCUUGAAGCUGAGCCAGGCCUUGCACGGCACAAGGAACUUGGAAGAUUUCUCUUUAAAGCAGCGGCUAUUAGUUGUCUCUUGGGAUGUCCAGAAAGGGGGCUUAAUUAAGGCAGAUCAUGAAUCUCUCCUGCACAGGACCGACUCUGAGAAGAUGGUAUCAAAUGAGCUGGCUGAUCAGAAGCCCUCGACGGCUGAUCAGAAGCCCGAUCAGAAGCCCUCUCCAGCUGACCAGAAGCCCUCGACGGCUGAUCAGAAGCCCUCGAGAGCCGUGGAUAAACCAAGCAAAGGAAAAAAGCUUCCACUUCUCAAAAGCUCGUCAUUUGUUCAAUGGCAAAACACACAAGGCAUGCUGUGCUCCACCAGUACCUUUAAUGGCUCACGUCCUUCACGGAUCCCACACACUGCUCAUCUACAUGUUUCUAGCUCUUCUUCAGGUGUCUCUCUCUUGUUGGGGAAACAAUCACAAAGGUUCUGGCUAUUUUCCAGGUCACUGGUGGCACAGAGAUCACAUCUUCUGGUGUCUCCUCCUCUCUACAGGCACUUUGUGAAAGUACUGCACAACCCUGCUCACCUCCAGUCCUUCAAGCGGUUCCUCAAGGAGCACAAAGCAGAUCAACCACUGCAUUUCUGGAUGGCUGUGGAGAGGCUAGUCUCGGAAACCAACCCCAAAAAGAAAAGCUCCCUCAUUGACAGAAUUGUCAGCAAUUAUUUCCAUGCUAGAAUCCCAGCUGAGGAGCAGCUGGAUUGCCACAAUUCAAUCAUCAAAGAAAUAAGCAAGGCUCAAGCAGUCAGCCGCUGCAUGUUGAUGACAGCACAGGUCUUCGUCCAGAAAGCAAUGGAAAAACGAUGGUUUAAAGAAUACCAGGAUCUGUUCCCUCCUAGUGAAACAGCCAAGUCUAACCUCCGUUUGCAACAUGAGAUGAGGAAAUUUGUGACGGAGAAGGUGCGGAGAGCCUGGUGCACCAUUCGCAGCAUCGUCAGGAGCAUCUGCAAGUUCCACAGGGAGAUGGGCAACAGCAAAUUCCGUUUAGAGUUCGAGAGCUUUCUCUGGCAGGAAGUAGGAAACAAGGAGGAAAACUUGCCCAUUGGCUUGAAGCAGAGCGGCGGCAGCAGCAGUUCCCGUUCCCACGAGACCUCUGCCAGCACCUCACAGGAUGAGGAAUUGGGGCUAGUGAAACGCUACCUGUUUAACAAUCAGCUCAUCACUGUGAACUUCCUCAUCAACGAUUUCCGCUUUUAUCAGGAGAUUUACAAGUUUUGCAGGAUGGCUGAUUCAGCUGAAGCUCUGGCAGCCCACAGCAAGCACUCAGAAAAGGAAGUUGCUUUUCUCAAAAAGAAAGUUGCCAUCAUCAGCAGAAUCUACCUGAACUCUGAUAUUCCCCCUAAACUGCGGGUAAACAUCUCUAAAGAAGAGAGGGAUUUAAUCCGGAUUUUAUCUGCCAAGAAGCUAUUGAACCGCAUGCUCUACCACAGAGCCAAGGUCAUCAUCUUCCCUAUCCUGAUGCACUUCUGGAGAAGGUUCUGCACCUGGAAGGUGAUGAGGAGCUUUCGGGUCCCCAGGAAGGACAAGGUUACACUCUCUUUGCCCAGUACAGAUAUUUCCUCCAAAUCAUCUGCCGUCUACAGUCCAGGUGAUUACACUAUCAUUUCCUUCACGCUCCAAAGAGGAAUACGGAUCCUGCUGCCACGGCCUCAGAAGAAAACAGAGCCACUGAAGAAGCCAAAUGGCACUGGGGAAGUACAGUCCUACAAGGAAGAAAACAGUCCUCCAAAACUACCAUCCACACUGAGCGGAACAUGAAUGUUCUCCAGAAAAGCCGAGCAGCCCGGGCACACUGCAUAGUUUGCACUUAAUCAGCAGCAAGACCUAAAAAUAAAGCA